AUGAUUCAUUGGCGAGAUGUAAUACUCGCUGUUGAGGCGGCAGUCGCGCGGAGCACGCAGGAAGGCAAAUCUGGUUGUCUGAACACGCAUUGUCCGUAUCCGUCUUGGUGCCUGCUACAAGGAGAGCAGACAGCGUUAUCGAUCGCGGAGGUUGAUGAGGAGGAGGAGAAUCACGAGAUCAUUGUUUUCUGCUCUUGGCUUGUGCGGGAAUGUAACGAGUUACGAGCGUCUGGACCUGGUCCUGGAAGCCAGAUGAGGCAUGGCAUCUCGGCGAAAAUGCAUAGCAAUAGUGGCCAUGCCACGCGAGUGACAUGCUUCUUCCUGAACACACUCUCAGUGAGGAAGGUCGAGGAAGGCUCUAGCGUGCAUCGCGACCUCGGCUCAUCAGCCUCAUCUCUUCGCACCUCACACUGCACAGAAUGGUCCAACCUCGUGUUCCAAGCCCUUGCCAACUCACAAUGUCUCCAGACAGGUGUAUUCCAGUCCACUGAGUUCGAAUAUGUAGUUUUUAAGCCGCUGCAGGCAAUAUUUUCCUCCGCCCCUCGUCAGCCACAUCGCCAAGCCUCACACAAAUUGCUGGACAUCGACCUUCUCUUCUGCACCGAUCAGCCGCUCCGUGCUGCCCCAGGCUGGCGUUCGUCAAGACUCCAACCUUCAGCAUUGCUGAGUGAGUUCUGUCACCUCUCUAUGGGACUAUGUGGACUCUGGCUCACGCUCACACCAUUGAGACACGUACUCAAUCAGUCCAGAUCAGUCGUGCUGUCCAUGGGACCUCAAGUAGGAGGUCGAGCGAUUGAAAGAGGUUCUAUGACUAUGGCCAGAACUGAUGGUCGUUACUGUAUGGGUCGAAGGUUUCGAGAAGGACUGGCUCACUUCACUUGGCGCGGAAAGGUGCAUCACGUCGCCACGGGCGUCUUGAAGGCGGUUUGUAGCUUCACGAAUGGGAUGAAUACCACGAUUGCCAUAAGCGAGCCUGCAACUGAACUUCGGGCACUGCGAACUCGUGUUGACCAGCUGGAACAGCGGGUGAUUUACAGCCUCGAGAUGGAUUUCCAUGAGUCAACAGGAAGGCGUGCACAGGGUUUGCGUCUUGACAUGGAUCGCCAAAUUGAAGUUUUGAAGCGACGCCUGACCCUUCUACUGGAAUAUGCCAACGUCGAGGCUUCACAGUUGGAACGAGGCCUGCUCGAUGCACAAAUCCGGUGGUCCCAGUCUCAUCAGCCUGUAACAGGAGAGCUGACAUGUUCCACGCCGAAGCAGCAUGCUCUCGGCGGCUUUGUUGAGGAGACACACUGCACUUCUGGACGCAAGGGAAGAAGCGCGGGGAUCAGAGCCUGCGUAACAAGUCCCCAGAAGAAGAUGGGUGUGGAGGAGUGGGUGCGGUAUCGAAUAGUCGAAGCUUUUGAGAAGCAGGGUAUGGGAGGUAUUCAAGGCUUAGAGGGAAAGGCGGAAGGUGGAAAGUCACAGGUCGCAGGAAGUCCACAAAAGAAGCCUGGGAAGGACGUUGCGAUUCUGCCAUUGCAUCUGCCAAGAGGACAAACACAAGAUGAGAAGAAUCUGGCGAGUAUCGAAGAUGUCAAAGGCUCUCCGUAUCACUCAAGACCAGCUGCACGUUCGAUCCUACACCAAAAACUCACACUGUACAAAUGGCCUCCUAACCCGCAGUUCCCCAGGAGUGUAGUGGACACGCAGACAACAACAUCUAUGCUCAAUGCCAAAUCUCCCAUACCACCGUCCGAGCCGGACUCGGUGAGAUGUAGAAGUCCGCUCUAUAGUGUGCAUACAUUCUAG